AUGGCAUUUAAUCAGACAGAUUUACAAAUUUGGACAUUUUUAAAGACCAAUUUAUCUAAUUCCAAAUUCAUUUAUAAAAAAAGCUAUAGAUGCAGCUUUUUGACAUGCUUAGUUAGUUUAACAUACUCCUUAAAUGGAGGUUUAACUUUCCUGCCAAGCAGUCGAAUAGAUGGCACAUUGUCGAAAAUAAUAAAAAUGCCUUUUUGCUGUAAAAUAGCAGAAUUGUCUGUCUUUUUUAUUUACCCGCACGAAACGAUCAAAUUUUUCGCCCUUUUAAAAUCAGCCUGUGCCGAAGUCGCUGUUCAAAUGAAAGAAAAAGGGUCGAAAAAUGAUAUUCCUAUUCAUCACCAACGUCGACUUUUUAUCGUGUCAUUGAAUUGUCUCCUGGCUGUCAUGCUCACGACAGUUUGCUUGCAUGUGCAACAAAUAAAAGGAAAAAAAUCUUCCACUGUUUGCUGUCGUAGUUACGCAGGUAAGGGAGGCUUAUCAUUUUUCUUCACCAAAAUAAGCCCAAACACCGUUCCUGGUGAGGACUCAAGUACUUUGCCUCUGAUUGAUAGAUCAAACAAACCAAUUAAGUGGAAGAAAUCAAAAAAUCCAAACGGAUUCCCUCCUGAUUGGUUAAAAAGCUGA